AUCAAUCUGGGUUUAUCCCGAACUGGUCCGAACUUCUGUUCGAGAUCUGUUCCACGAUUAGGGUUACGAAGGUUGAAUUUUCGUCAUCUUCUAUAGUUCAUUCCCUCAGAUUUGCUUUGAAUUGAUCUUCGGAUUUAAGCUCUGUGUUGUUGAGAUUCCGAUUUCUCUUGGAAUUCUCUGCGACGAGAGAAGAAGAGAAAAUUGGGGAAAAACCAGGCAAAAUGGAGACGCAAAGGAUGAUUGAAUUUCCGCACAAAAAUAUGGAUAAACGCCCGAAGAAGAGGCAGAGAUUAGCUUGGGAUAUGCCUCCUCCUGUUCCUCCCCCGAAGGUUGUUCCACCACCAUACUGCGGGCAGGAAUUUGGGAAUGGGCAAUUUUCCAAUUAUGGAUAUCCGACUAUGUAUUGCAGGGGGGCACCGCGCCUUGGAUCUCCUCCAUGGAGGCCUGAUGACAAAGAUGGACACUAUGUAUUCUCCAUUGGAGAAUGUUUGACUCCUCGUUACAGAAUUCUGAGCAAAAUGGGUGAAGGAACAUUUGGACAAGUCUUAGAAUGCUUGGAUAGUGAGAAAAAAGAGGUUGUGGCUAUUAAAAUUGUUCGUUCUAUAAGCAAAUAUCGUGAAGCUGCCAUGAUUGAAAUUGAUGUCCUACAAAGGCUGGCUAGGCAUGAUAUUGGAGGCACUCGUUGUGUGCAAAUUCGGAAUUGGUUUGACUAUCGUAAUCAUAUAUGUAUUGUAUUUGAGAAGCUUGGACCAAGCUUAUACGAUUUUCUUCGCAAAAACAGCUACCGUUCAUUUCCCAUUGAUCUUGUUCGGGAGUUUGCCAGACAACUUCUGGAGUCUGUAGCAUUUAUGCACGAGCUACGGCUGAUUCACACUGAUUUGAAGCCAGAGAAUAUUCUUCUUGUUUCCUCAGAGUUCAUUAGAGUGCCAGACCAUAAGUUUUUAUCACGUUCAGCAAAAGACGGGUCCUAUUUCAAGAAUCUUCCAAAGUCAGCUGCGAUCAAGCUCAUUGAUUUUGGAAGUACCACUACUGAACAUCAAGAUCACAGCUAUAUUGUUUCCACACGUCAUUAUAGGGCACCUGAAGUUAUCCUGGGUCUAGGAUGGAACUAUCCUUGUGACCUAUGGAGCGUGGGAUGCAUACUUGUUGAACUUUGUUCUGGCGAGGCACUUUUUCAAACACACGAAAACUUGGAGCAUCUUGCCAUGAUGGAGAAGGUUUUGGGCCCCUUACCUCAACAUAUGGUUCUGCGGGCUGAUCGACGUGCUGAGAAAUACUUUAGGCGGGGCAUGCAGCUUGAUUGGCCCCAGAGUGUAACAUCUCGUGAAAGCAUGAGAGCAGUCUGGAAGUUACCUAGGCUUCCGAACCUUGUAAUGCAGCAUGUCGAUCACUCUGCUGGUGAUUUGAUUGAUCUCCUGCAAGGCCUCUUACGCUAUGAUCCCACCGAGAGGCUCAUGGCAAGGGAAGCACUAAGACAUCCUUUCUUCACGAGGGAUCUAAGAAGUUCAUUAUUUCCAGGUGCUUGGGCAAGGUCUAACCGUUGGAAUGUAGAUAGCAAACCGAAAGCUGCCACUGAAUGAAAACUGGAGCUGUGAGCAACCUUGCCGAAAAGGGCGUGUGUUAGAGAGAACGAGCGUUGCCCCGCCAUUUUUGGUUACUGACAGAAAUACCAUAGGAAAGCCACAGAGGAAGAUGGAGGUAACAGAAAAUGAUUGAGAUUAUAUUGAACAUUAUAUACAAAGUAAACAAUCUUUUUGGAGAUGGAAGUGGAAAACAAAUGAAUUAUAUGUAGAAAGUGUUCGACCAUCUCGUUUUAGGUUGGGUUAUCAAAUGCCUUCAUUCAAUUGAACAACACAAUGGCCACUCAAUGAGUUUGAAUAAUGUUCCAUAGAA